AUGUCUGCAGAACCAGAAGAAAAGCCCAAAUUGAACUUGAACAUCGUCCACGAGGGUCAAACAAUACAAGUUAAAGUGAAGGCGACUAUGGUCUUCAAAAAAGUCUUCGAUGCAGCAGAAAAAAAGUUUGGCAAAGAUCCAGGAACUCUCAAAUUCACAUACGAUGGUUCUCGUGUUAAUCCGGAAGAUACGCCAGCAUCACGAGGAAUGGAAGACGGGGAUCAGUUGGACGCGUUUUUGCAGCAGCUGGGAGGAGCUUCAACAUACUCGAAUCACUCAGCUCCUAUACGGAUGUCUAUACGCCCCUGA